UGUCAGACUGGCCCAAGAGAACAGCUACGAACAUUGCCAGGACUCACCGGAUCGCCAUGCUCACAGUGCUGCUAUUCCUUGGUCUUAUUCUGGAACCCAGGACUAGAGUACAGGCAGGACACCUCCCAAAGCCCAUCAUCUUGGCUGAGCCAGGCUCUGUGAUUGCUGCACAUACAUCUGUGAUUAUCUGGUGUCAGGGUUCCUGGGAGGCCCAGUAUUAUCAUCUGUAUAAAGAGCAAAGUGUAACUCCUUGGGACACUCAAGUCCCUCUGGAAACCAGGAAUAAGGCCAAGUUCAACAUUCCAAGCAUGACAACUUGGUAUGCAGGCAUAUAUAAGUGUUACUAUCAGAGUGUUGUUGGCUUCUCAGAGCACAGUGAUGCAAUGGAGCUGGUGAUGACAGGAGUAUAUGAAAAUCCCAGCCUUUCAGUCUAUCCCAGCCCUAAUGUGACCUCUGGAGUUUCCAUAUCCUUUAAGUGCAGCUCAUCCAUAGUAUUUGGCAGAUUCAUUCUGAUCCAGGAAGGAAAGCAUGGCCUCUCGUGGACCCUGGACUCACAGCAUCAGGCCAAUCAGCCAACCCAUGCUACUUUUGUUCUGGAUGCUGUUACUCCCAAACACAAUGGAACAUUCAGAUGCUAUGGCUUUUUUAGAAAUGAACCACAGGUGUGGUCAAAACCAAGUAACUCCCUAGACCUCAUCAUCUCAGGACUGGAAACAUACCAAAAGAUUUUGAUUGGAGUCCUGGUGUCAUUCCUUCUGCUUUUCUUCCUCCUGCUUUUUCUCAUCCUCAUCGGAUACCAGUGUCAUCACAAAAAGAAGGCUAAUGCUUCUGUGAAGAACACACAAUCUGAGGACAAUGCAGAGCUGAACAGUUGGAACCCACAAAAUGAAGACCCCCAGGGAAUUGUGUAUGCCCAGGAUACUGCAUCCAAAGAGACCCAGGGUGUAACCUAUGCCCAGUUGUGCAUCAGGACACAGGAACAGAACAACAGCUGAAUCCAGGAAGCAGCCAACACAGAAAGAAGACCCAGACCCCACAUUCCAUGAAUGAAAACUAGGGAUUUUCUGAUAUUUGAUCCCAGUGGACUCUGUUUAAUUAAUUUGAGCCAUCAUGAAUACCUCAUGUGUCAUCAGAAGCUUCUCAGAAUUUUGGGAAUAUACUUUAUUCUUUGUUCAGAGAUAACAAAUGUCCUUACAUUUUGUAAAUAAAGCCAAAUCCUCCUCAAUCAACAAUUCCUCUAAUGAGAAACAAAUAAAAUGAGAUAUUGUGAAUUGAAUGACAAUGUAACCAGGGCACACUAAUCAAUGAAACUCGAAUUUUUAGAACCAUGAAUAAAU